AUGCGACGGUUCUCCCCGUCAUCACAAGAAGGUUCGCCGUCUCUAACCCUGAGUGGCCAAGAUUGUGAUUUGGCGGAGAUCACAAACGGCUUCAUCCGCGGCGGGCCUCUCGACAUCUCACCACCGAGUUCUCCAGAUCUUUUCCGAAGUCUACUGAGAGAGCCUUUCAUUGUGGAGAUGGACUCCCCGCAUCAAAAUGGUUCUCCCUUUAAUGCGACAAAAAGAGCCAAGCUUGGUAAACAACGCCCUCUCAACGAAUCAGGGGCUAACCAUUCGUCGAGCUGGUCAUAUCAUGAUGACACCGUGCUUAUAUCCGCUCGGGCCGGGGGCCAAGGAUGGAGUCAAAUACAAAGGGAGCAUUUUCCGAACAAAACGGCGAACGCUUGCCGAAAAAGGCACGAGCGUCUCGUUGCUAAACGAAGAGGCACGGAAUGGAAUCAAGAAAUGCUUGAGAAGCUAUCGACCGAGUACAGUCGACGUCGGGAGCAAAUCUGGCAACCUCUUGCAAAUGCUAUUGGAGAGAAAUGGCAGGAUGUCGAAAAAGCAUGCUUCGAGAAGGGGUUGAAAUCAUUGAUCACACAGCCUCGCACCUCAAGAAGAAGGGAUGAUGUUCUCCAUACCCAAGUUCAACCGGGUAUUGUCUCUAAGUCUAGCAGUGACGAGUAUCCCCGCAGGACAAGCUUGCUUCCACUCAAAGACAUUUUGGCACCCGACUAA